GAGACUCCCACACUCAGCUCCUGCUGCCUCCCUCAUGCCAGAGCCUGGCUGCUGUUAGCAUGGAGAGGGGGGCCUUUGACUCACAGCAGGGGAAGGGGCAAUGCAGGAUGGACUGCUGCCUUUGGAAGGGAGGAGUAGACCCGGCCACACAGCCCCCGCCUGGCACAGCUCCGGGGAGUUCUGCACCGUCCGCCUCUCUCUGCUGUGAUAAGCCGUCACGGUCCACAGUCCUGAGCCCCACCAUGGAGGACGUCCACGAGCUUGACCUCACCUACAUCACUGAGCGCAUCAUCGCCGUGUCCUUCCCUGCCAGCUGCUCCGAGGAGUCCUACCUGCACAACCUGCAGGAGGUCACACGCAUGCUCAAGUCCAAGCACGGGGACAACUACCUGGUAUUAAACCUUUCGGAAAAGAGAUAUGACCUUACGAAGCUUAACCCAAAGAUUAUGGACGUGGGCUGGCCGGAGCUGCAUGCACCACCUCUGGAUAAGAUGUGCACCAUAUGUAAGGCACAGGAGUCCUGGCUGAACAGCGACCCCCAGCACGUGGUCGUCAUCCACUGCAGGGGUGGAAAAGGACGCAUAGGAGUGGUCAUAUCAUCCUACAUGCACUUCACCAACGUCUCAGCCAGUGCUGACCAGGCCCUCGACAGAUUUGCCAUGAAGAAGUUUUAUGAUGACAAAGUUUCAGCAUUAAUGCAGCCUUCCCAGAAGCGGUAUGUUCAGUUUCUCAGCGGGCUGCUGUCGGGAUCAGUGAAAAUGAACACCUCGCCUCUGUUCCUGCAUCUUGUCAUCCUCCACGGCUCCCCCAACUUUGACACGGGUGGAGUGUGCCGGCCCUUCCUGAAGCUCUACCAAGCCAUGCAGCCCGUGUACACGUCAGGCAUCUACAAUGUGGGUCCAGAAAACACCAGCCGCAUCUGCAUUGUCAUUGAGCCAGCCCAGCUUCUGAAGGGGGACGUCAUGGUGAAAUGCUACCAUAAGAAGUACCGCUCGGCCACCCGCGAUGUCAUUUUCCGUGUGCAGUUUCACACCGGGGCUGUGCAGGGCUGCAGGCUUGUGUUUGGAAAGGAGGAUCUGGACAAUGCCAACAAAGAUGACCGUUUUCCUGACUAUGGGAAGGUUGAAUUAGUUUUUUCAGCCACACCUGAGAAGAUUCCAGGGUCUGAACGUUUGCACAACGACCACGGAGUGAUUGUGGACUACAACACAGCUGACCCGUUGAUCCGCUGGGACUCGUACGAGAACCUGAGUGCGGACGGAGAAGUGCUGCACACACAGGGCCCUGUUGAUGGCAGCCUUUAUGCUAAGGUGAGGAAGAAGAGCUCCUCAGAUUCUGGCAUCCCAGGUGGGCCCCCAGUUGUCCCAGCCACCAGCAGCCCAGACCACGGUGAGCACACCCUAUCAGUGAGCAGUGACUCGGGCCACUCCACGGCCUCAAUCAGGACUGACAAGACUGAAGAGCGUCUGACUCCAGGAACCAAGAGGGGCCUAAGCCCCCAGGAGAAGGCUGAAUUGGACCAGCUGCUCAGUGGCUUUGGCCUGGAAAACUCCAGGAGCUCCCCCAAGGACAUGACUGAUGCCCGCAGCAAGUACAGUGGAACUCGCCAUAUAGUGCCAGCCCAGGUCCAUGUGAAUGGAGAUGCUGCUUUGAAGGACCGGGAGACGGACAUUCUGGAUGAUGAGAUGCCCCACCAUGACCUGCACAGUGUGGACAGCCUCGGGACCCUGUCCUCCUCAGAAGGGCCGCAGUCAGCCCACCUGGGCCCCUUCACCUGCCACAAGAGCAGCCAGAACUCCCUCCUGUCUGACGGUUUUGGCAGCAGCACUGGUGAAGAUCAGCAGGGUGCCCUGGCCCCGGACCUGGGCCUUGGUGUGGACCCCUUGUACGAGCGGGAGCGGGCGUGUGGGAGCCGAGAGCCCCGGCAUCCCCGGCAGCCCCAGCCCCUGCCAAGGAAGCCCUCUAUGUCCGCGCAGACGCAGGCCUACGGGCAGAGCAGCUAUUCCACGCAGACCUGGGUGCGCCAGCAGCAGAUGGUCACAGCUCAUCAGUACAGCUUCGCCCCCGACGGGGAAGCCAGGCUCAUCAGCCGCAGCUUGGCAGACAGUUCUGGCCUUGUCCAGGCCCAGCCCGGGGUUCCGAUCACCCCCACCCGUGGGACCAGCAGUAGGGUGGCUGUCCAGAAGGGCAUAGGCACUGGGCCACCUCCCCCUGACACACAGCAAGCCUCUCCUGGCAAAGCGUUCAAACCCAGGUUUCCAGAUGACACCGUCGUGAAUGGAGCUGGCCCGGAGCUGGGUGCGGGCCCCUCCCCAGGCUCGCCCACCCUGGACAUCGACCAGUCCAUUGAGCAACUCAACAGGCUGAUCCUGGAGCUGGACCCCACCUUCGAGCCCAUCCCCACCCACAUGAACACUCCGGGCAGCCAGGCCAACGGCCCCAUAGCUCCGAACGGCAUGGGAGGUGGGCUCCGGGCAAGCAGCAGGUUGCCUGACACAGGAGGGGGCCAUGGCAGGGCCUCUGGGCGACAAGGCUCCUCAGGUGACCAGCCACUGGGCGGAAGACUCCGGAAGCUGAGCCUUGGGCAGUAUGAUAAUGAUGCCAGCGGGCAGCUGUCCUUCUCCAAAUGUGCAUGGGGAAAGGCCAGUGUGGACCAAGCCCCGAGCCUGACGCCUUUCCCCUCUCCAGCUGAAGUCAAAGAGACACGGAUCACCGCAUAUCCCCCAGACCUCGAUAUGAUCGACGGCAGGAUUUUAAGUAGCAAGGAAUCUGUGUGUACAACCCCAGCAUUUCCUGUGUCUCCAGAAACACCGUAUGUGAAAACGCCCCCACGCUAUCCUCCGUUCAGCCCACCUGAGCCCCAGAUGAGCAGCCCGACCAGCCUUCACAAAGGAGGACGUGGUAAGAAAUCCACCGUGUGUUACGUGCACGAGACGGCUCCU